AUGGGCUCUCUCUUCAGCUGGGGCUUGCUUGCACUGGCUGCGAAGCAAAUAUCGGCUGUACCUGCUCCCACAAGACGACAGAGCGCAUCAGUAUGCGAGCGAAUCUAUAGUGUGGCAAGUCCAUAUCUCCAGUCUGGCCAAAGCGUCAACUUCCCCGCCGAGGAUGCGUAUGCUUGUCUGAAGGAGAUCCCGUUCGAUGCAGACCGAGGUGUGAACUUCGUGGAUCAACUACGCAAGAGCAUUGCGUGGCAGUCGACACUGGAUCUUCUGAAGAGUCCGCCCGACGGCUCGAAAGGCGUCGACAUUUUGGGCGGGCUCGACGAUAUUCAACAGAAAGCGAGGACGAAUGGCUACUCAGGCCAGCUCGACUUUGAUACCGACCUCAAAAAUCUGAUUGACUCAGCCAAUGAUGGGCACUUCAAUAUCGCCCCUUGCUCAAUGGCCAUUUUCAGUUUCCAGUUCGACGUCGGUCUUGUUUCGGUCGCGGAAUCUACGACAUCCCAACCCAAGAUCUAUGAAGCGCAAUCUAUAAUUCAGGACCUUCCGCUGGACCCCAUCGCCACCAUUGACGGAAAAGACGUGGUCGAGUUUCUAGAAGACAUGGCCGCACUGGGUAACUCCCAAGACGCCGACGCACGAUACAACCAAUUGUUCACAAAUAUCGGGCGUCUUGGAAAUAACAACACUCUGGUGGGGACAUUCGCAUGGCGAGGCGGCUACUACACAGGCUACAGUUCAAUCAACUACACCACUGCCAAUGGCACAGAGGGAACGUGGGUUGGGAAGGCGCUGAUUGCUGACCCAUCCACUUACACUUACUCCAGCGGGCAGCAGCUGUAUGACGCAUUCUGCCUGCCUCCCGCGUCGGCUACGGGCGGACCUCCUAGCGAUGUGCCUACCUCACUGCUUACGGACACAAUCGAACCGACUUCACUUCCAACGCAGACUGACGAGCCGUCGGCUGUGACUACGAUUGAUGUUGUGACGAAACGUCAAGAACCUGCUGCACCUUCCACAACAGGGGCUCCCACAGUACCAACCGAUCCAGCAUAUUUCCCGGCGGCAGUCGCUCGCGAUCCGUACAAUCUCAUCGCAGGUUACUUUCUCGAUGGCUCUCGUGAAGAUACAGCUGUACUGAACAUUCCGACCUUCGACAACAACGAAGGAUUCCCUCAGAACGAGACUCUCACCGGUUUCAUACCAGCGGCCUCCUCUCUGAUAGAGCAAGCGAAGGCAGCCGGUAGAACAAAGCUCAUAAUCGACCUUACCGGUAACGGUGGUGGAAACAUCAUGCUGGCUGCAGAUCAGUUAGAUCCCAGUCUGUCCUACGUGUUCGAAUUUGCCUGGCAAUAUCAGCUUGCUGCUCCUGAUGGAGGGCCUACCAACUGGAAGAGUUAUACAGAUAUGUUGGGCCCGGACGGGUCGGGCCUGACAGCACCUCAAUUCUUCGAAGACUUCAGCAAGACCACCACCCAGAUUCCAGGCAUUGCUGGAGUACCGCUGCCAUUCCAAGAGCCUCCAUUCUCCGCCGACAACAUCCUCCUGGUAACAGAUGGCGUUUGCGCCUCGACCUGCUCCAACUUCGUUGCACUCAUGAUGGAGGUCGCCAAGGUUCAACACACUGUAGCAUGGGGUGGAAGACCCAACACCAACGCUAUGCAACUCGUGGGUGGCGUUCGCGGCAGCAAUGUUCUCAGCUUCGACACGGUAGCAAACCAACUCGGCGGUGUACGAGAUUACAUUGUGAAUAAGACACAGGAGGGCAAGCCUCCUCUGACUGACGAUCAACUCCAGACCGCCCUCAGCCUACGACCACUGACCACAACUGAGUAUCCCAUUCGCCUGUAUAACGGACACAUCAAUUUCCGAAACGCAUACUACAACGGCAGCGACCUUCCCUUGCAAUUCGACCACCAAGCUGCUGGAUGCAGGCUGUUCUACACUGCAGAAAAUAUUCGUAACCCUGCCUCAAGAUGGACGGACUCUGCUGAGGCUGUGUGGGGCAAUGGUAGCAAAGGAUGUCAGGCUCCGCCGUUGAACAUCACUUCGACGGCUACAACCACGUCUUCAAGCUCGCCCACUGAGUCUUCGGAGAGCAGCACGGCGUCGGCAACGAAUGCUGGUACGAGGGCUGCCAGUGCGUCCAUGAUGCUGGCGGUGGCGUUGACAGCUGCUGUUGCGCUGCUGUAA